AUGACACUUAUCCGUACCAAUCGUAUGGAUAGUCACAAAUCGUACCCAAGACCAGGUCAAGGCUACAAGCGAGGUUAUCAUGACGCAACGUACUGCGUUGCGGUCGGCUUUCAUUGGUGUAAAAAUCCUUCGAGGUAUGCUGUGCAACAUUCUAUUACAGAAGUGAUGCAACAACUUUAUUUCCCACAUGAGAAACAACGUAACCCGACAGAUCAAUUUCAGCAAAUAAGCCAUUGUCCAGUCCUUGACAAGCGUGAAGAAGGUCGCAACUACUUAUUGCCAUUUCCAACACUUUUUGUCAGAUUUCUAUUCGCCUUACGUGAACAAGAUGAAAUUGAUGUCAAAAUUUUGUUUUAA